CGUAGCUUCCAUCAGCUUCAUCUAUAACAUGUUUAAUUAACAAAUAGUUUCAAUAAAUACAACAAAUAUUAGGUACACUUUCUUAGCAAACUCCCCAGAGAAAAAUACCAACUCAACUUGAUUUAGUCAGUUGAUUCUUACAUCAAUUCUUCGCUAAGAUCAUACAUACAAUACGUGCAUCCAACAAUGGCUCAGAAGUGUGUCCACAAAGGUUGUGGCAAGGAUUACACCGAUCCGGAUGAGACCUGUGUUUACCAUCCGGGUCCUCCAAUCUUUCACGAGGGUCAGAAAGGCUGGAAGUGUUGUAAACCAAGAGUCCUAACCUUUGACGAAUUCCUCGAGAUCCCGCCUUGCACGGAAGGAAAGCAUAGCACAACUGAUCUCCCCCCGGAGAUCGAGAAGAAGACUCCGGAGAACAUCGACGCGAAUUCGGCCCUAGCUUCAAAACUCACCGAGGCUGUAUCAGCAGUACCUACUCGCGCCCCUCUCACUCCUCAGCCUGCUCCUACUGCGCCCCCGCCGCCUCCCGAGUCCGAAGAUGACGAUCCAUCUCUCGACAUCCCCGACGGCAAGGUUUGCCGCCGGAAAGGCUGCAAUGUAGCUUACAAGAAGAGUCAAGGCAGAUCUGAUGAUGAGAAAUGUGUUCAUCACCCUGGCGCUCCCAUAUUCCACGAAGGCAGCAAGGGCUACAGCUGUUGCAAGAGGCGGGUGCUAGAGUUCGAUCAGUUCAUGAAAAUUGAGGGAUGUAAAACCUCGCCUAGACACUUAUUCAUCGGCUCUGGACAACAGAAGAACAAGUCCGGUGCGGCUAAUUCUUCCGUGUCCGCGAACGGUGAGGAGUUGCUUGAGACUGUGCGCCAUGACUUCUACCAGACGCCUUCGACGGCAAUAGCUUCUUUCUUCCUCAAGAAGAUUGACAAGGACAAAGCGUCGGUAAAAUUCGAGUCCCAAACAAUUGAACUUGACCUACCAACAAGUGAUGCGCAACCUAAGCGCUAUAAGACCAGCGUCCCAUUAUUCGGGCGCAUUGACCCAGAAAAGUCGACGUACAAGAUUCUCGGUACGAAGCUCGAAGUUAGCUUGUAUAAGGCGGAUGGCGUGAGCUGGCCGGUCCUGCGGAGCGACGAACGACUGACAGGCGAGAUCUUGCAGGUUGGACGGGCAGGACGCGUGUAGCCUAUCAUCCUGUCAUCAUAUCAUCCUAACAGAGUACUUGACUAUCUGGAAAUCUGCUUGUUUCGGUCAUAAAGAUCUAUGACCAUCAGCAUAGUAAUGACCAUUUUUAAGGGGAAGGAAAAAAAACGUCUACUCGAUCGGGACAUUCACAAGUGUCAGGCUAAUCCCUGCGCAGAUCAUAGCCACCCUCUUCACCCUCCCUUGUCGAACCGGGAAACCGUCAAUACCAAUCCCACAGUAGACGGCAUGAAGACAUUGAAUCAUCAAUUAUGUCAUACUCCUAUAUCAAAAAGACAAAUUUCAACGGUAAAUUCCAUCUUAACAGGCUCAUCCGUUCCACUUGCUCGAUAUGACGCGUAAACGCCAAGAGAGGUUUUAGGCUCAAGCCUUUUCGGAAAGUUUCUUUUAGACUGAAAGUUCGCUACGACAUGAAACAAGCUACUAAAGAGAUAUUCACUCUCGUCUUCGUUUAUUGGAGGGUCACGUGCUAAAAGACAGUCGCCGCUUUUAGCUACAUAGUAAUUCUUCUACAUAAACUACGAUCCGCGAGUCGAUCAUCUGAUAAGAGCUACAUAGGUAGUACACGAUCCAGGUAGCUUUAAAUAUCAAUUAACUAAAGACAAA